AUGCGUUUCUCCAUCGCUACCGUUUUCUCCGCCCUCGUGGCUCUGACUGCUGCCGCCACCACUCCUGACUACACCAAGGACCCCUCCGGCAAUGCUAUCACCUCUCCUGGUCUGAACGAGAUCGUCCCCGAGGGCAAGACCUACACCAUCAAGUGGACUCCUUCCACCGACGGCCCCGUCUCUCUGGUCCUCCUGCGCGGUCCCACCACCAACGUCCUCCCCCUCAAGACUCUCGCCGAGUCCAUCCCCAACAGCGGAGAGUUCAAGUGGACCCCUGGCUCCGACCUUGAGGCCGACGUCACCCACUACGGUCUUCUCCUCGUUGUCGAGGGUACCGGCCAGUACCAGUACUCCACCCAGUUCGGUAUCUCCGCCGCUCCUGGCUCCGAGUCCGGCUCCACCUCCAAGGCCACCAAGCCCACCGAGACCGAGACCUCCGUCCCUGAGGUUACCACUUCCGCCUCGUCCACCGUCGUGGAGAGCACCGUGAUCACCACCACCAUCUGCCCUGAGACCGAGACUGCUACUGCCACCACCACCUCCGCCCCCAAGUCCACCAAGACCGGUGUCUCCCCCGUCGCUCCUCCCUCCAGCCGCCCCUGGACCUCCAUCCCUCUCACCACCAGCGUCGCUCCUACCAGCACCGCUUCCGCUACUCCUUCAGCUUCGUCCCCCGCCUUCAACGGCGCUGGUCGCAACGCCAUCAGCGUCGGUGCCGUCAUGGCCGGUGUUGUCGCUGCUUUCGCCCUCUAA